GGAUUAAGAUAUUAUUGUUACAAAAUUUCAAACUUCAAACAACUGUUGUCUUUAACGAUAACAUGACUUUAGCGAUGCUUUACCUGUUUGUCAUAUCACUGGCGAUGAUCUCUGUCUUAAGCCUAUCGACUGAUUUAAAUAAUACAGACUUUGAUCACAUCAUUAAUAGUCAAACAAAUGAGUCAAACCAUUCACUGUUUGGAUCACAGAUGAAGAAUCAGACCAUUGAAUCAAACCAUACUUCAGACAUUCCGCUCCAACAAAAUUUGGACAAACUUGAGAUCAAUGAUAACUCUGAAGCACAGCAAGAAAUCGAUGAAAGCAAAUCCGGUCUUAAGAUAUCGAUGUUUUGGAUUAUUAUGGCUGUAAUCUGUUUGUUGGCACUGAUAGCUAUUAUUGCUUUUCUGGUAGUUAUCGCCACCAAAAAGAGAGGUAAAACAUUGAAAGUCAAAAACAAAUUGGAAAAUCUGUCGGAAUCAUUGAAGGCAACCAUAACUACUAGCAGUCAGGAGAGCACUGAAAGUUUGCCGAGUAAUGCCGAGUGCUUGAAGUUUGACUAUAUCUACAAUAUUAAAGACAAUGAUUUUGCCRUUUAUCCUAAAGACCAGUGGAUUAGUAUCCGAACCAAUUGGGAGGACAGAAAACCCAGAGAAGCUUAAAUCAAUAGAUAUAUUAUUUUGUUUAAAAUUGAUUUCAAUGUUAAUCUCAUACAAAAUUGUUUCUAUUUAAAAAAGCAAACUAUAUUUAGAUUUU